AUGGGGGGGGGGCGCGACUACGGCCUGGAGGCCACGUCGCCCGCGGACGACGACUACGCGAGCCUGAACCUGAGCCUGGGCGACGCCUUCUGCGACAAGAGCGCGGUGCGGCGGCUGGCGGGCCGCGUGCUGCCGCCGCUCUACGGGCUGGUGUUCGCGGCGGGCGCGCUGGGCAACGGGCUGGUGCUGCUGGCGCUGGGCGCGGGGCGGCGCGGGCGCGCGCCCACGGCCACGGCCCUGCUGCUGCGGCACCUGGCGGCCGCCGACCUGCUCUUCCUGCUCACGCUGCCCUUCUGGGCGGCGGCGGCGGGCGGCGGGGCGGCGGCGCCCACGCCCGCGUGCCGCGCGCUCGGCGGCGCCUACCGCGCCAACCUGUGCGGCGGCGCGCUGCUGCUGGCGGGGCUCGGCGUCGAGCGCUACCUGGCGGUGGCGCGGGCGCGGCGCGGGCCCGGCGGGCGGCGGCGGCGGCUGCGGCGCUGCCGGGCGGCCAGCGCGGGCGUGUGGCUGGCGGCCGCGCUGCUGGGCCUGCCCGAGCUGCUGCUGAGCCGCGCCGCGCCCGCGGGGCCCGGGCCCGCCGCCUGCACGCUGGCCUUCCCGCGCGCCGCCGGCGCCCGCCUCAAGGCCGCGCUGCUGGCGCUGCAGGCCGCGCUGGGCUUCCUGCUGCCCGCCGCCGUCAUGGCCGCCUGCUACGCGCUGGUGAUCCGCGCGCUGCUGCGCGCGCGGCCCUCGCCGGCCCGGCGGCGCGCGCUCCGGCUGGCGGCCGCCGUGCUCGCCGCCUUCGUCCUCACCCAGCUGCCCUACAACGGCGUGCUGCUGCUGCGCGCCGCCCGCGCCGCCCGCGCCACCGCCCACGCCGGCGCGCCCGCCCGCGCCCGCUGCGCCGCCGCCGUGCGCCUCGACGUGGCGCUGACGCUCACGCAGACGCUCGCCUUCCUCCACGGCUGCCUCAACCCCGCGCUCCACGCCUUCGCCGGCCGCCGCUUCCGCCGGGACCUCGCCGCCGCGCUCGCGCGCCUGCGCGGCCGCCGCCCCGCCCGCCGCCCCGCGGCCCGGCCCCGCGGGAGCCUCCGCCCGCCGUCCACGCAGCUGGAGACGGCCUCGGGGGCGUCGCUCUGA